GUCGUGUCGAAGUAACCACGGUGGCUGGGAGGAGCGAGAGAUGUGUCUGUUAUCAGCGGCGCCCCGUGACAGUGGCGGCGCCAUAAUGAACUGAUGGUGAAAGUUAGAGCUGUGAAAAUGGCAGUCAGCGAAGGGAACAGUGCCCCUUGAGUGUAAACAUCCCCAUAGUUGCCCUAGAUGAAUUUUAACACACGGCAACUGUCUUUGUGAAUAGUGAACAAAUACCAAACGUUAGUGCGGUGUUAAUAUGUCAGUGAAGGAAGGGAACACUGCCCCCUUGGUGUAAAAACUCUCUGGUGGCCGCAACUUGAGGUGCACGGCCGCUACUUACUAUAUCCAAAACCCACGACAAGGCGAUGGAGGCGUCAGAGAGCCCCUCGCUGCUGGAGGAGGUGCUUACUUCCUCUGAAAGCGACCAACUAGACAGCCUCAUCUUCGGGAACUUCACUAAUCUCUCCAACAACCUGUCGUGGCUGUUCAACGUGUCGGACGGUCUCAACAUCAACAUCGACCUUAUCAAUAAGUUCCAGCGAAACAGACGGGUGGAUGACGUCGCCUACUACGCCCUUAUCGCCAUGUACAGCGUCCUCAUCGUACUGGGCUCCACCGGGAACUCCAUGGUGGUGGCGGCAGUCAUCCGGCAGCCCGCCAUGAGGACUGCCCGCAACGUAUUCAUCAUCAACCUGGCCAUCUCCGACCUGCUGCUGUGCCUGGUGACGAUGCCCCUCACCUUGGUGGAGCUGCUCUCACAGUACUGGCCUCUCGGGGACCAGCCCUUCCUGUGCAAGCUGGUGGGCACGCUGCAGGCCACCUCCAUCUUCGUGUCCACUAUCUCCAUCACAGCCAUUGCCCUCGACAGGUACCAGGUGAUCGUGUACCCCACCAAACAGUCUCUGAAGACGGUGGGUGCAGUGCUGCUACUCCUCCUCAUCUGGGCGGUGGCGUUCAUCCUAGCGCUACCUAACUUCAUCUGGCGCACACACAGACACCACGUCAUCAACCUGCCCGGCCUGUACUCCGUCAACUUCUGCUUCGAGGAGUGGCCCACGAAGCACGGCGGUGGGUACUAUAGCGUGUUCGUCAUGCUGGUGCAGUACUGCCUCCCCAUCGUCACCGUCAGCGUCGCUUACGCCAUGAUAUGCAGGAAGCUCAAGUUUCGGCUGACGAAGAGCAACGUGAGGUCGUCGAGGCGAAGCGAGCGAGACGACCGACGCAUGAAGAAGACGAAUACACUUCUCAUCGCCAUUGCCCUCGUCUUCUGCCUCUCGUGGCUGCCGCUCAACCUGUACAACCUUAUCGUCGACUUCUACAACCCAUUCGGGGAGGACCUGGAGACUAUGCUGGUGGUGUACGCCGUGUGCCAUAUGAUGGGGAUGUCGUCGGCGUGCUCCAACCCGCUCCUGUACGGCUGGCUCAACGACAACUUCAAGAAGGAGUUCCUGGAGAUCAUCAACAUCCUGUUACCGGGAAGAUGCAAAGUGUCCGCCACGCCGAGAGGGGAGGUCACUAAGCUUCCUUCGGGGAGUCAGGGCAGGCCGGCGGAGGAGCGGCCAAUGGUGAUGUACACAAAAGCCAGCGAGUCACAGGUGAAUGGCAGCCACGGCACCUCUCCGAAGGAAAUCACCUACAUCAAACAGGUGGUGACCAACGCCACGUUAUAAGAUCCUACAACACACUCACACACCCGUCCUGACCACGGUGGCAGGAAAGGCUGAGGGCACUGACAAGCAAACAACCUUCUGCUGGUGACGCUGAGCCCCACGACACCAACGCGGCGCCCUCACCCAGUCCCGCCACGGCUCAACACUCUACACCCUGCCCAUGCCCCACGCCCCACGCCCCACGCACUCCAGAUUCUGCAUUCCUCGACUUCCCCAACGGUGCAGCGGGAAACAGACCUAUACUCUGAACAAACUCCGCGCCGUAUCUCCGCUAUUUUCAGAGGGCUCUAAUUAAAGUGACACAGGUUUUCAGGAGUAUUUUUCGCUUCUAUUGACAGGUUAACAAGAUUUCUACACGAUUAGCUAGGUAAAUAUUCUUGAGAACUCGGUAAUUAUCUCUGUGGCCUUUGAAAAUAGUCAUGGAGAGAGAGCAAAGAGUUUCCGAGUACAGGAUUUUUGUGGGACAUCUGUGCGGGUCACGCCAUCUACUGCUGUACUCUGGCAACUUCACGCACGGAAAAAUAAGUGACAGUAAUAAUACAUGAUGUUCUUUUCUUCAUAACUGGAAGCGAGGCCAGGAUCUCUGUUUUUCUCUAGCACUCUUUCUCUUUCUCUCUCUCGCUUCCUGCAUACACACAUACAUACAACAAGUCAUUUCCUGCCCUCUUUCUCUGUCCACUGGUGUUGGAAGGAGUGCCCCAUGAUGCUGUGAACUAAUAAGGGAUCUUUCUUCCAGACGGGAUUGUGAUGGUUGGUUCGUGAUACGUGUUAAUAUUCUGUAGCUGUCUAUUAAGUACCUGUCACCUGUGAAUAAAGCUGAGAGUGGCUA